UUAAGUGCUUUGGGAAUCUCGUCAAGCAUAUAAGUAUUAAGAAGGAGUAAGAAAGGUGUUAGUUUCUGCUAAAUACUAGUCAGUUGAAAAAAUCACUCAAAUAAUUGAAAUGUGCAAUUUAAAGUGGAUUAUUAUGAGCAUAUCAGCGCUACUCCCUGAAAUCUAUGCAGGACUUUCAGCGGUUCCUGAUCUUCAUCACUCAAGCCGGCGUCUUCACAAGUAUGGAUCUGAGGAUGUUGAUUAUUACAGCCAUCCGAAAUAUGCUUUUAAAUAUGGAGUAUCCGAUCCCAGUACAGGCGAUCAUAAAUCUCAAACGGAAGUCCGAGAUGGUGAGGUGGUUAAGGGGCAGUAUUCACUAGUGGAACCCGAUGGUUCCAUCCGAACUGUAAACUAUGUGGCCGAUCCAGUUAAUGGUUUCAAUGCUGUUGUGUCCAAAACCGGUCCAAAUGUUCAUGUGGAACCCCAGCAACAUUUAACUCAUGAAGCGGUGUAUCCUGCAGGAGCAGCUUCGUAUCAGAAGCAGUACAUUCCCACAUAUGUUAAGCCUGUAGUACCAGAAGUAAUCAGUCGGCCUAUACAUGUUGCACCAUCUGUACCACAGUACCAAAAGCCUGUAGUUAAAUACACUUCUUCGUUGGGUUACUCAAAGCCGACUGUUGGAUACUACAACGACUAUGACACAUCUUAUGAAUACCCAGAAUCUUAUGAUUUGCAAGGAUACUAUGAAGAUGUCCAUGGGCGUUACUGAGCGAAACUGAUUUGGUCUACUGAUGAUCAGUUGUAUAAAGCAGACUUCGAAAAUAUUUUAAAUUCCUUAGAGAAAAACCAUGUUUUAUAAUUAAACUAUAUUUCCAUGUAAAAA